AUGUGGGCUGGUAUUCCUGCAUCGAAACCAAUGGUAGAGGGGAGUUUAGCUGUGGCCAUCAAACAAAUUGAAGAUGUUAUUCCAAUGACGGUUAUCCGGACGAACGAGAGGGUUUCCUCUCAGAGGGCGCUGGGAGAGACGGUUAAAGAGUAUAUGAUAUUUUCCAGACAAAAAUUAGUUAGUUAUAAGAAUGAUCUACCUAGCCUCCAGCGCAACACUAGCAGCAAAAUAAAACAAGCUCCUCCUAUAUCAUACGCUCAGGGCCCCGUCAAUACAACCCUGAAAAUAGACAUCCUCCCAGGACCGUAUUUCGUCUCGGUGAGAACGGAUAAUAUUUAUAAGGCGUUCCGGUCGUAUCCUGAGCACCAACUUGCAUUUACGGAGGCGGCUGUUGGCGAUGGGAGGGGUGGGCUUGGGCAUUUACCUGUUAUUACUGAGGGCUUCAAUGGCAAAAAGCGUCGCCGUACCAUCGAGGCUAUAUUAUACACCGAUAAAUAAGAGGCUACUCGCUGGGUGUACCCCCCUCCCCCUAUUUAUCCCAUCCCCAACAAUACACCUUCAACAGCCCCGCCUCGCCUCGAAGACAUACGACAUCAAAAAAACCUACUGAACCAGCGGCAGCAACCGCGCAUACUACAAUCUCUAUCCACCCCAGAAACGUAACUGCACCGGCGAUUCAGAAGUUACUUGAUCUGGGCGCUAUAUUCAUGGGAAAAUAAACAUUAGGGUACGCUAAUAAUUACUAGAAUGUAUUAGACAG